UUAUUAAACAAAGUAUAUUAUAAUUGUGCUAUGUACGUAUCACUAUUCGCCGUUUCAGUUAUCUACUGUAAAUUGUAUGUUUGUUCCAAAGAUAAUUAUCCUCGGAAAAAAUAAUUGUUUAGCAACUGCUUAUGUAUGUCGCAAUUGUUUAUUAUCAGGCUAUUUGCGUUUUAUUAAUUGACAUUUCGUUCUCAAUGUUUGCAUUAGUUGACUUUGCAUCUUCCAUACAGUACAAUUAUUUCAUCUUCGUUGACUUACGAACUUGUAACACCUGUUUGUGUACCUGUUCGCGUUAUAAUUAGUGGGAAUGAAAAAGCAAGAAGUUGAUUGCGUUUUUUACAUCGCAUAUUAAUGGUCGUGCGAGUUGUACGAGCGAGUGACUUAAAAGCAUUCUGAUACCCGAUAAGACUCACUUCGCCCACUUCUUUUUCUUGUGAAACCGCUUCCAUGAUGAGGCACCAUAAGAAGAAACUUGCGCAAAUUGGAAUAGAUGCAUCAAGCACGACAUGUACGCGCUACCGUUAGUCUCAUUGUUGUUCCAAGUUUGUUUGGGAUUCACCGGGCGAGGACUCUUUUAUCCUGGUAGAACAGACUUGUUCGAGUUAUCGAUAAUUCAUCUAAAUGACUUUCAUGCCAGAUUCGAACAGACGAGCCCCUCUUCUGGGUACUGCCGAGAGGGUGAAGAAAAGGACUGCGUAGGAGGUAUUGCUAGAGUCUACACUGCAGUUAAUCAGCUGGUGAAGGAACGACCGAAUGCAAUUUUCCUCAACGCCGGUGAUCACUUUCAAGGAACUCUCUGGUACAACAUCUAUCGUUGGAACGUCACUGCCUUAUUCAUGAAUAUGUUGCCACACGAUGCUAUGACGAUCGGCAACCAUGAAUUUGACAAUAAAAUUGAAGGCGUUGUUCCCUUUCUUAAAAACGUCAAUGCGCCAGUUGUAGUAACAAAUAUCGAUGACAGCGAGGAGCCAACUAUACAGGGUUUAUAUAAAAAUAGCACAAUCAUCGAGAGAAACGGUACCAAGAUCGGUGUCAUUGGCGUCAUUCUAUCGACUACGAACUUAAUCGCAAGUACGGAGAAAUUAAAGUUUUUGGAUGAGGUAGAGACAGUCAACGACGAAGCUAAGCGACUGAAGGAAAAAGGAGUAGACAUUAUUAUAGUUUUAAGCCAUUGUGGACUGGAUGUGGACAGGAUCAUGGCUGCGAAAUGUCCCUUAAUCGACGUAAUCGUCGGUGGUCACUCGCAUACGUUUCUUUAUACUGGACCUCCACCUUUUAUCGACACACCAGAGGACGAAUAUCCCGUGGCCGUGACGCAAAAUGAAACAAACAGAACAGUUCUUAUCGUUCAAGCAGCUGCUUAUACAAAAUAUUUAGGUAAUCUAACAGUGUGGUUCGAUGAUGAAGGCGAAGUCGUUGAUUGGGACGGAAACCCACUUCUUCUGGACUAUUCUAUCGAGGAAGAUCCAGAGAUUUUGGAAGCUAUGGAGCCAUGGAAGAAAGAAGUGGAUGCGACGGCGUUAAAAAAGGUUGGCAGUACGAGAGUCUUACUUGAACGCAAUUGUCGCUAUAAAGAAUGCAAUAUGGGAAAUCUUAUAACCGACGCCAUGGUGGAUGCGGUUGUCGAUAAUGCCGAAAAUAAAACUCAUUGGACGUACGCGGCAGUAGCCUGUACAAAUCCCGGAGGAAUUCGUACUUCUCUUGAGGAAUCUGAGAUUACUUACGGUGACCUGAUAAUGGUUCAUCCUUUUGAAAACACUUGGGACACUGUUGAACUGACUGGAGAAUCCAUUAAAAAUAUUCUAGAAAUGGGUGAAAGUCUAAUCUGGUCUGGACUAAAAAUUACCUACGAAAAAGUCAAUGAAACACGAACUGUGGUCGAUGUUAAAAUUAGGUGUCAAGCUUGCGAGUACCCGAUAUUCCAAGAUUUGGUGCACGAUCAAUGGUACAGAAUAGUGGUACCAAGUUUCUUGAUGAAUGGCGGAGAUGGCUAUUACAUUUUUAAAGAUAAGAGUCGUAAUCACAAAAUUGGGACGCGCGAUAUAGAUCACUUAAUAAAAUACGUAACAAAAAUGAGUCCUAUAUUUAUCGGAACCGAGAGACGAAUUAUUUUUCUAACAUCGUAAAAAUUGUCUUCUAAUUAGAUAGUAGAUUUAUAUUUUUAUAAUAAAAUUAUAUUUUUAGAAAUGUACACUAUAUGUAUAAAAUAAAAGAAG